GUGAACUGUCAGAAGGUGCACAGACGUUUGGGAGCACGGCUGGUCUAAGCCAGGACACGUCAGAUUACAGUGAAGCACCACAUGCAUCAUCUCACCCUUUUCCACUAUGGUCUGCCAGAGAGACAACUCUACUACACCCAAUCCUCUGUACAUUCUGGACGAAUUGUCAGCAACGCAGCUAAAAAAGUUCAAGACCUUAUCUGGGAUUCCCUGGGGCAAACUGGAAAAGGCAGACGUGACUGACAUAGUGGGACUGAUGGAAAGUCACUAUGAAGCCACCAAUUGGAUGUCGAAAACAAAGCAAAUCCUAAAGGAGCUGCCACGUGUGGACCUUGUUAAACCAUUUGAAGAGAGUUGUGAAGAUUUCAUUACUAGUUUGGCUAAUCGUGAUAGAACCAGUUCUUCCUCGUUGGUCAGCCAAUCAACUGAACGGCAACGCUCUUCGUCACACUCAGCAUGUAAUCUAGAAGAACACUCGUCAUCCAGAUUGCUGGAGACUAAAGGAUGUACUUCAAUGGAAGAGUGUGGAGUGGAGACAGCAAGCAGUUUCUUUAAAGAUACAUUUUUUAAGAAAAACAGAAAAAAGAAAAGACACAAAAAGAAAAAUGACAACAUUUCAAAAAAAUCAUACAAUAUAAUUCUCAAAGCUGGCUUUACUCAUUCAUUGGAUUUAUUAAAUAUAAAACAAUCUUUAUACAAUAUUGUAGGAAUAGUAGAUAUAAAGAAAUUGAAAUACGGAAGACUGCUUGUUAAAUGUACAGAUAGUAAACAAUGUGUUCAACUGUUGCAAUUAAAAGAACUAGAUGGAAAAAAAGUCAGGUGUUUUCCUUGGCAAAGAAGGAAAAUGAGAAUAAAGGGGAUCCCAGAUUAUAUUACUACUAAAGAUAUAUUUAACAAUGUAUCAGGCACUAAAGUACUUGGAAUAAAUAGUUUUAAACAUUACAAAGAUGCAUUUAUAUUAGAAUUUGAUGAGGAAAAUUUACCAUCAUAUAUCGAAAUACAAUAUUUUACCUAUAAAGUCAAACCAUAUAAACCUUUCGAACCUGUAAGGUGCUAUAAAUGCAACCGUUUAGGCCAUAUUGCAGUAGUAUGCAGACAUAAGCAGCGAUGUGGUAGAUGUGGAAGUGAAGAUCAUGCAUAUGGCAAAUGCCCUGAAGGAACAAAGGUUAAAUGCUGCAAUUGCGAGGGAGGGCAUAGUGCUGCCUACAAAGGGUGUCCAGAAUACAAACACGCUGCUAAGAUACAGAAAGUUGAACAUAAGUUGUCCUGUGCUUAUGCUACAAAGGAUCAAAUAGGUGCAGUUGUAGCGCAAACAACAAGUAACAAAUUGCAACAAAGACAGAGCAUCAGUACAGUCAGGAAAGAAGCAAAAGCAAAUCUUGACAUGAGGAAAUUUACAGUAGAGUCAGUCAAUGAAAAACAUGAAGGAGGCAUGCACGAUUUUCACGUGAAAGCUCAGAAUGUUUGUAACAGUUGCCCAGUGGAAUUCCGUUUUUUAAUCAAAUUCUGA